UUCGCUCCUCCCGCCCCCUCGCCGCGGCGGGUUGGUCCGUCCCCCCGGUGGCCCCGCCCCCCGCGCCCCCCGCGGUGUAGUGGCCGUUGCCGGCGGCCGGCGGCGCAGAGCGGAGCGGAGCCCGCUCGGGACGCGCUCCCGUCGCGGCGGCUGGGACGGGGGCGGCCGGUGCUACCGCAGCGACGGCCCCAUGUUUUCCCCCGGCCAGGAGGAGCUGUGCGCGCUGAACAAGGAGCCCGUCAAGUACGGGGAGCUGGUGGUGCUGGGAUACAAUGGAUCCCUCCCUAAUGGUGACAGGGGGCGCAGGAAAAGCAGAUUUGCCCUUUAUAAGCGAUCUAAAGCAAGUGGAGUUAAACCCAGCACUGUCCAUGUCAUCUCUACUCCUCAGACAUCAAAGUGGAAGACAGAUUAUAUGAUGGAUGACCCCAACCUUCUGCAGGUGGGAUUUGUCACUGGGAUUGAAGACAAGGUAGAGUACCCAGGUGAAGAGUCUGUGGCAAUCAGCUCAAAAGGCCACCACAGUGUCUGUUACACAUUAUCCAGAACCCAGACAGUUAUAGUGGAAUAUAUUAAUGACAGAGAUACAGACAUGUUUCAGGUUGGGAGAUCUACAGAGAGCCCGAUAGACUUUGUAGUAACAGAUACUAUUUCAGGAAAUCAAAAUACGGAUGAAACCCAGAUUACCCAGAGCACCAUCUCCCGAUUUGCCUGCAGGAUUGUUUGUGACAGGAUCCCACCAUACACAGCAAGGAUCUUUGCAGCUGGCUUUGACUCGUCUAAAAACAUAUUCCUUGGUGAAAAAGCAGCCAAAUGGAAAAACCCUGAUGGCCACAUGGAUGGAUUGACAACCAACGGGGUGCUGGUGAUGCACCCCAAGGGAGGCUUCACGGAGGAGUCCAAGCCCGGGGUGUGGCGGGAGAUCUCCGUCUGUGGGAACGUGUACACGCUCCGGGAAACCAGGUCUGCUCAGCACAGGGGCAAACUGGUAGAAAACGAGACCAACAUCCUGCAGGACGGCUCGCUGAUCGACCUGUGCGGGGCCACCCUCCUGUGGAGAACGGCGGACGGGCUCCUGCACACGCCGACGCAGAAACACAUCGAGGCGCUGCGGCAGGAGAUCAACGCCGCCAGGCCCCAGUGCCCCGUGGGCUUCAACACCUUGGCCUUCCCCAGCAUCGACCGCAAGGACGUGGUGAAGAAGAAGGACGUGGAGGAGAAGCAGCCUUGGGCCUACCUCAGCUGCGGCCACGUGCACGGCUACCACAACUGGGGCCACCGCAGCGACACGGAAGCCAACGAGCGCGAGUGCCCCAUGUGCAGAACCGUUGGCCCCUACGUGCCUCUGUGGCUGGGCUGCGAGGCCGGCUUCUAUGUGGACGCCGGGCCCCCCACCCACGCUUUCACCCCCUGUGGACACGUGUGCUCCGAGAAAACUGCCAAAUACUGGUCCCAGAUCCCGCUGCCCCACGGGACUCACGCCUUCCACGCCGCCUGCCCCUUCUGCGCCACGCAGCUCUCCGGCGAGAACAACUGCGUCAAGCUCAUCUUUCAGGGCCCCAUCGACUGAGAAACCGCAUGGCGAUGACCACAAUAAAAGUUUUCUUUAACGGUU